GGGCCGGCAACGGUCGCCGCGUUGCUGCCGCCGCCGCCUCCUGCCGUUGCUGCCGCCGCUCCUCCUCCUCCUCGUCCCCCCGCGGCAUCGAAAUGGAGACGCCCCUCGCCGAGGGAGCAGGCAGCCCGGCGCCCAGCAGCCCGCCCCAGGUGGUGGUGGCGGUGGAGUGGGGCUGGGCCCGGCCUCUGCGCCAGCGCCUUGCCGCUCAGAUCCAGGAGGCUGGGCGGGCCGAGGCCAAGCACGUGGAGGCGCUGGUGGCGGCGCUGAUUGGCGUCUUUGGCGCGGUGCUGGAGAGAGGCAGCAGCCGCCAGGCCUGGACCCGCCUCCUGGAGGUGCUCCGCCUGCUGCGGCCCUUCCGGAAGCUGCUGUCUGGGCGGGCGGAGCUGCUGCCCUACCUGGAGGGCCUCUGCUACCAGCACCGCAGCAGUCAGGCCCUGGUCUCCGACCUAGAUGUCCCGGGGGCCAUCAGGCAGGCCUUCCCCACAGACUGCUCCGUGCCGUGGCCCCCCUCCACGCGGGCCACCUGCCCUCGCGGGCCAGCCCGGCAGCUGCCCUCGGGCCCGCCUCAGCCGGUCUUUGCGGCCCUGCCCUGCCCCUUUACUGCCGGCUGGGUGAUGGGAGAGGCCUCCGGGCUGCUGCAGCCAGGGCCCGUCGCCCUCCAGGAGCUGCAGAGAUGUGCCGGGCCCGUGGGCUGCGCGGUCGCUCAAGAGGAGAGCCCCUGGGCCAGCAGCUUAGGCUUCGUGCCUCUGACUCUGGCCACGGACGUGCCGGCGGACUUCGCCUGUAGGGAGGCCAGCGAUGCUGCUGCAGAGCCCUUCCUGGAGCCAGGCCCAGCAGGCGGCCGCCGCCCCGGCUCUGCUCCAGGCCCGGCACUUCCUGAGAAGGGGCAGCCAGUGACGGGGCUCCAGGCAGCCGAGCUCUUCGUGAGGAACAGACAUGUGGGGAAAAUAAAGUUCCUGUACCUCAACGUCGCCCCCAACCGGCAUUUCAGGCCCUACGACCUGAUGAGCGUCCCCAAGCGGCUGACCCACCCGCACCACUACGUCUUCUCAGCCUUUGCGGUGCUGCACGUCCACCCCGAAGAAGGGUCCGAGGCCCUCUCGCUGGGCGCCUGGCACCGGGAAGCCAUGCUGUGGCAGCUGCUCCAGUACAUCCCCUUCUUCCGCUGCUUCCUGGUCCGCAAAGCCUUUCUCUGUUGGCGCAACAACGUGAAGCAUUUGCAGUACCUGAAGCGGCGGGAGACCCUGCGGAGCCAGCUCCUCCAGGGAGUGCCCCAUUUUGGGGCUGCUCUCCUUCACAUCUCCAGACUGCUGCUGGAGCUGCAGUCCAUCCACUGGCUGUCAAUGGACAACUCCAAGUGCUUCGACUUCCCAGAGCUCAAGUGGGCCCUGGAGCAGGAGAACAGCAAAGCUCAGGGGCUGCUCAGCCGGUUCCUCACCCUCUGCUCCUCCAUCUUGGAGCUGGUCCGGGAUGACACCUACAGGAUGGUGAACGGGCUGCAGAUGCGGGUGCAGGCCUACAAGCUCUACCUCACCAAGGAGUCGCUCUACCAGCAGCGGAUGCAAUACGAGGGGCUGCAGCGCCGCCUGGGGGAGGCCGAAUCCUGGCUGCAGAGGCUGGGCUUGCUGGCUCUGCUGGUGAACUUCCUCAUCUGCCAGAACCUGGUCUCUGCUGUGCAGGAGAAGGUCACGGCCUUUGUCAGCCACACCAUGAAGGUCUGGGGCACCAGGAAGGCGGCCCCACCCGACUCUCCUGCCACCCUCCGGGCGUGGCUGGCUCCGCUGGGGCCUCUCCUCCUCCUCCUCCUCGGUCCUCACGCCGCCCUGGCACCUCUCCUCCUGCAGGCAGGCGGCGGCGGCGGCAUCUCCCGGAAGGCUGUCCUGCGGGUGGAGCUGCUGUUCAACGCCGACAACCAGCUCAUGCUCUUUCCCUCCUGCCAGGAGCUGGAGGACUGCCUGUUGGGGGCCCUGGAUAAGGUGGUGGAGUCUAUCCUGGAGACCACUCGGAUCAGAAGUGUGGAAUCAAACACCCAGGAGAGCCCCCCACGUGCCCCGUCAGGAGGUCUGCGAGAUCCACUUGGGCCAAGUGCCCCCGCCACGGCCGUGAGCGCAGGCAGCCGCACAGCCCAGGGCCCUCCGGCGCCCCUUCAGCUGGCGGCAGAGGUGCUGUCUGGCGAGGAGGAGCCGCCGCUGCUCCACCGGCUAGACCUGAAGGCCUUUGGGGGCCUGGAGGUGGUGGGCCACCGGCUGAGGGGCCAGUACCCCAUGCUGUCGCGGGAGCAGUUGGAGAAGGACCUGCGAGCAGACAGGGUCAUCCAGAAGGCCCUGGCCAAGCAGCGGACCCUGCUCAAUGCGGCGCUGACGGAGACCCGGCAGCUGUGCCAGGAGUACUCCUGGCUGGCCGAGAUCUGCCAGUUUGUGCACAGCUGGGACUCGCAGCAGCUGGAGAGCAUGAAGGGCUGGCCGGCCGAGGAGUACGUGAACCGGGUCCUCAAGCUGCGCACGUGGCUCGGCCAGGUCCAGAAAGUGCCCCGCAGCGUCGUCACCUACAACUGCCUGCUCUUUGUGGACUGCAGUGGGGUUCAUCAGGAGCUCCUGCCCCUGCUGGCCGCGAUCAAUGAGGACAUCCUGGGCCUCUUGCUGAGCGAGACCACCCAGCGCAGUGAGCUCUUCAUCGCGGAGCUGGCCAGCGUCCUCCAGCUCUACUUGCAUCUGGACACCGACAUCUUCACCAUUGCCAAGUGCUCUCAGAAGCUGGAGCACUACCAGGGGCAAAUGGCGGCCCUGCAGGAAUACGUGGACUACGUCCGGGCCCUCAACGAGGUCAUCCCGCAGUGCUUCCGUCCACUCAGCCCCAGCGAAGAGAGCCUGGAAAACAUGCUCCUGGACACCUGGGACGCCUUCGUCUACCAGCAGCGGGAGGUCUCCGACUUCAUCGUCACGCGGCGCCUCACCAUCAUCACGGAGCUCAGCCGCUCCCUGCAGCAGGCCACCCGGGAGCUCCAGGAGCUGCUGGCCACGGUCACGGUGGGCCGUUUCCGGGACCCUGCCCAGAACCCCCGCGCCAUGGAGGAGGAGCUGCGCAGCCUGUGCCAGCGCUUCCAGGCCACGGUGGUGCGCAUUGCCGAUCUCUGCCGCUCCCAGCGCAUCCUGACCGGGGACUGCAUGGACGUCUCCUUCGUCACCGGGAGUCAGGGGGUCAUUGAGCUGCACAUGCGCAUCUGGCAGCUUUUCCGGAUUGUCGCGGAGCAAAUCACAGAGUGGAAGUGUCUGGCUUUCGGCAAGCCAGCCAGUCUGUCAGCACUGCCCCCCCCGCCCUCUCGUUGGCAGUUCAGCGCCGCUCUGGCCUUGGAGAAGACGGAGGAGUGGCAGAAGGAGGCGAUCAGCAUGGAGCACAGCCUGCCCAGCGGCCACCCGGUCCUGCAGGCUUGCCUGCGCGCCAUCGGCAACUUCCAGAAGUACCUCCCCUUGCUGCUGAAGCUGGGCAGCCACUUUCUGAAGCUCAGCUUCUGGAAGGAUCUCUUUGCGGUGAUGGGCGUGAAGUGCCCCCUGAACAUGCAGUUCACCCUGGGCCAGCUCCUCUCGUACCCACUGCUGGAGCACAGCGAGUCCAUCUACCGGGUCUACACCUGUGAAAAGAGCCGCUACCACUCCAGGGACACUCUCCAGCGCCUGCAGCGGGCCUGGACCGAGAAGCAGUUCCGCCUCGUCAACUUCAUCCUCAGCGUGCCCUACCAGGAGCCGCAGCCCGAGCGCUUCCGCCGCCCGGCCAGUGGCCGCCAGCGCCGCGCCCAGCUGGAGUACAUCGCCAAGGAUAGCGGCACCUAUGUGUUGUCGGACACUGCCGAGCUGAAGGCCACAGUGGAGCAGAGCAUCUUGACCCUCCACAACAUGAUCCUGUCUCCCUUCUCCACGGACAUCCAGGAGGAAGCAGAGAGCUGGGCCUCCACCCUGCGCGCCUUUGAAUCCCUCCUGGAUGCCUGGGUCAGUUUCCAACAGAAGUGGGUCUUCUUGAACAUUGUUCUCUAUGAGAUGGACAUCAGCUUCCCCAGCGCUGAACUGGAUUCACGGUUCCAGCGGGUGGACGCCCACUUCCGUGAGUUCAUGCAAGUGACGUGCAACGACCCGCUGGUGCUGUCCAGCGUGAGGCCGAUCCUGGGCUCCAGCCGCGAGAGCCGCUUUGUGGGGAGCUCCUUGCAAGCCGCCUUGGCCGAGGGCUCUGCAGACCUGCAGCUCAUCAUCCGGGCCCUGGACUACGUGCUGGAGGCCACCCGCAUGGGCUUCCCCCGCCUCUUCUUCCUCAGCAACGAGGAGCUGGUGGCCCUGCUGGCCACGGCCUCGGAGCCGGCGGAGGCCUCGGCCUGGGCCCAGCGCUGCUUCCCCGGGGUGCGCCAGCUGCUGCUGCUCAGGCCCUCCACGGCCCAGGACCUCAGCCCCUUUUCAGCCGACCUGCCCGCGGUGCAGGUGACGGGCCUGGCGGGGGAGCAGGGAGAGAAGCUGCGGCUGUGCAGCCCCGUGGCCCUCAGCCGGAAGGCCACGCAGUGGCUCUGCAGCCUGGAGCAGCACAUGAAGGAGUCGGUCUUCCAGCAGCUGCAGGCCUGCGUGGCCCAGCGCCUGGCCCUGCGGCCCCAGCUGGACACCGCCUUUGAGCGGCGCCCGGGCCCCAAGGACCUGCCGCUGCACCUGGUGGCCGAGGGCUGGGCCACGCUGGGCCACACCUUCCCGGCCCAGUGCGUCCUGGUGGCCGAGGAGGCCUUGUGGCGCACGGGGGUGGAGGAGGCCCUCCGGGAGCCGGGCGCACAGCCCCCGCUGCUGCUGAAGCUGAGCCUGAAGCUGGAGGCCCUGGCCCACUACCUCCGGAACUACCGCAGCGCCCACCCCUGGCAGCCCGGCAGGGAGCACCUGGGCCUCUUGCUGGGGGCGCUGCUCGUCCUGGCGCUCCAGCAGCGGGACGCCACCGCCCGGCUGCUGGCCUGCCCCGGGCGCUCCCCGCAGGCCUUUGAGUGGGCCCGGCUGCUCAAGUACCACGUGGCCCUGCAGCCGGAGAAAGCCCGGGCGGCGGGGAGCUCUCCGGAGAUGUGGGGGGGCAGCCCCCCCGGCUGCUGGGCCGAGGCCCUGGGCUGCCGCCUGCCCUACGACUACGAGUACCUGGGGCCCUGCCUGCGGCUGCUGGGCAGCCCCGCGCUGGAGCGGACCUUCCUGGGGCUGCUGCUGGCCCUGCAGGAGUUCCGCUGCGGAGGCCUGCUGGGCCGCCCGGGCGUGGGCAAGUCUCACACGCUGCAGGGCCUGGCGCAGGCGCUGGGCCGCCAGCUGGUCACGCUGCACUGCUCGCGGCAGAUGUCCAUCCGCUACCUGAGCCGCCACCUCUGCGGGGCGGUCCACGCCGGGGCGCUGCUGCUGCUGGAGUCGGCCGAGCGCCUGGAGCCCGCCGUGCUCUCGGCCUUCAGCCAGCGCCUGGUGGACCUGCAGGGCCUGUGCAGCGCCCUGCGCGAGGUCCGGGGCCCCGCCGGAGGGGCCGCCCAGGCGGGCUCGUCCCCCGCCAGCAAGGAGGCGGCGGCGGCGGCGGCAUCAUCGUCGUCGUCGUCGUCGUCGGGCUCCGGGAGCGAGGGGGAGGGGCAGCUGGCGGUCUCCCUGCUGGAGCUGGGCACGGACGAGGCCGCGCCCUACCAGCCGCGGGUGCUGGGCAACAUCCUCUUUGGGGGGCGCCUGCUGCGGGUGAGAGAGACCUAUGGCUGCGUGGCCACCCUGGGCCACCUGCCGGAGGCCCUGCGGCUGGCCCUGCGCCCCCUGGCCAUGCUGCCGCCUGACCUGACCCAGCUGGCGGAGGUCACGCUGCUGGCCGCAGGCUUCCGGGAGGCCGUCCGGCUGGCGGAGAAGCUGGGGGCCUUUUUCCGCCUGGAAGGGGAGCUGGGCCCUGGCCCCCCAGCCAGCCCGCUGGCCCUGCUGAGGGAGGUGAUCCAGACGGCCAUCCGGAUCGCCUUUGAGCCUCCGGAGGGGCAAGACCCUCCCCCCGCCCAGGCUGGCCCUCCUCGGGCCGCCCCCUUCUUUGGCCUGGAGGAAGAGCCGGCGGUGGUCCGAGCCCUGGGCCUGUCGCCCUUGCUCAGCGGGCCCGCCUGCCCCCGCCUGCAGCGGGUGCAGGAGCUGCUGCGGCAGAUCUUCCCCAGCGCCGCCUCACAGCCGCCGGAGCCCCCGGGCUCUGCCCGCCUGCAGAGCGCCCUGGUCAGCCAGCUGCACGAGGACAAGCUGCACCCGGACCCGCAGCUGCUGCGCCGCGCCAGCCACCUCGCCCAGGCCCUGCUGGGGGCCCCGGGCAUCCUGCUGCUGGGGCCGGCGGGCAGUGGCAAGAGCACCACCUGGCGGGCCCUGGCCAAGGCCCUGAGCAAGCUGGCCGCCAGCAGUGCCGACCCCCGCGGGCUCUUCCAGACCACCAGCACGGUCUGCCUGUGGCCCAACGGCCUGAGCCUGGAGGAGUUGGUGGGCGGCCCGGAGGGCAGCAGCUGGCAGGACGGGGUCCUCUCCCGGCUGCUGAAGAGAGCCGCCACCUCGCACCUGGCGGCCGGGGCCACCCAGCAGUGGCUGGUGCUGGACGGAGCGGCCUGCCCCGCCUGGCUGGAGCCCAUCUCCUCGCUCUUCAGCCCCCGGCCGUGUCUCAGCUUGCCCAGCGGCCAGCAGCUGCAGCCCCCCGCCAGCAUCAAGUUCCUCUUUGAGAUGCCGGACGCCUCCGGCGUGGCCCCCUCCGUCUGCGCCCACUGCGCCCUGCUGCACUGUGGGGGCGCCGACCUCUGGCCGGCCCUGCUGGCCUCGGCCCUGGCCCCCGUCUACCGCAGCUACUGCCUGACCCAGGAGAGCCUGGCCAUGCUGCGGGAGCUGGCCGAGGAGCUCUUCCCUGCCACCCUGGCCUUCCUCCAGGAGCACUGCUGCUCGGUGCUGCUGCCCCACGCUGGCCCACGCAGCCCCGUGGCCCCAGGGGUCCAGGAGGCCACCACCUUCGCCAGGCUCCUGCACGCUCUGCUCGAGCACUACCUGCGCCGCGACAGGAUCAAGGCCCCGCCUGCUGCACAGGAGCUGACAGCCAAGAACAGCCAGAUGCUGACUCAGUCUGCCUCCGCGUCCCGCAGCCUGGACGACGCAGUCCCUGCCCAUCACCACUGGCUUGUCCGGAGCAUCUUUGUCUUUGCGUACAUCUGGGGCUUUGGGGGCCAUCUCCAUCCCAGGCACUGGCCGCGCUUUGACCACUUUGCUCGCCAGGCCUUGGGCAACAGCCGCUACGCCAUUGAGCUUCCCUCUGGAGCUGCUGCUUUUGACCUCUGCCCGCUGCCGGAGGAUGGCGCUCUUCGGCCAUUUGAUGGGCGGUACCUGGCCAGCCGCGUCAAGAGCCUCCCGGCCAGCUUCUCGGUCCUCCCACAGUACGAGCGCGUCCUCUUCGUGGUGGAGCUGCUGCUCGGCACGGAGCAGCCUGUCUUGCUGGUCGGGGAGCCUGGCUGUGGGAAGUCCUCCUUUGCCGAGAUGCUGGUGCAGCCCAACUACUUCUACCACCGCCUGUGCAUCACGCCGGCCCUCAGUGUGGCUCACCUGCGCCACCUGCUGCACAAGAAGUCUUCCAGCACCAUCCGGGACAAGGGCCUUUUCCCCGGGGGCAAGCCUGGCCGGGCAGCGGGGAGCAAAGGGCGCUGCCUCUUCUUGGUGGAGGAUCUACACAUGGCUCGGAUGGACCCAGCCCGGGAGACCAGCCCUGUGAUCGAGACCCUGAGGCAGGCGCUGAGCCAGCAGCAGUUCUAUCAGGCGGAGACCCUCGAGCUGCAGCACUUCCUGGGCCCUGGCCUCAGCUGCUUUGGCCUGCUCUCGGAGCCUCUGGCCGGGGCGCGGCCCCUCUGCCCCCGCUUUGGCAGGCUCUUCAGCACCGUGGUGCUGCCGCCGGUGGCCGGCCGGGAGACUCUGCUGAGCAUGCACGUGCCCGCCGUCCUGGCCUGGCUGGAGAAGUUCCCACUGCUGACCCGGCACGGCGACUUGGCCUCUGCGCUGGUCCGGGCCACCGUGGACAGCUACGAGGCUGUGCGGAGCCAGCUGCAGCCCUCCCCGGCCGCCGGCCCCCUCCACUUCUCCUUGCACCACCUCCAGAAGGUCUUCAAGGGGCUGUUCCUGCUGCGCCCCCGCCCAGGCAUCCACCUCAGCAGCCCCCUGGAGCCCGAGCACGGCCCCAAGGGUGCGGCCAGCAGGCGCAGCUCCGGGCCGGGCAAGGCGCUGGGCCUGGGGACGGGCUCCGCCUCGGCCCUCAGCACCCGGCUGAUCCUGCGCCUCUGGCUGCACGAGGCCCUGCGCACCUUCUGCGACCCCCUGCGGGGGGAGCCCCGGCGGGAGCUCUGCAGCCAGCUGCUCCUGGAGAUUGCCCUGGCCACCUUCUGUGCCAAGCGCGGCUCCCUGCGGGCCGCGUCCCCCCUGGGCAGGCUGAGCCGCCAGAAGUCCAGCCGGCCCCACAUCACCUUCCACAUCCGCAGUGCCUCCAGGUCCGGCAUCCUGGCCGCCACCUCGGAGGAGGAGGAGGAGGAGGAGGGAGAGGAGGAGGAGCCCCCCGAGGAAGAGGGUCUCCCGCUGCUGCUUUCCACGGAACCUGGGCAUGAUCUCCAGCACAGCCCUGACGCCGACCGCCCAGACCCCUGGGAUCCCGUGGAGCAGGCCCCCGCCCUGACUCUGGACCCUCCAGCCCACACCCCUCCCCAAGUGCCCCCCUCUGGGGAGAUGGAGGCAUCGGAGGCAUCGGAGGUGGAGGAGGUGGAGGCGGGGAAGAAGCGCAGCACCUCCUUCCAGAGGCCCCCGCCGGCAGAGCGCCACCGGGCCCACGAGCCCCCCUCCGUCUCCCGCCGGGCGUCUCUGCUGAGGGCCAGGCGCCGGGCCUCUUCCAAGAAGGAGAGCUCCGGCCCGCUGCUGCCCUCCCACCUCCUCUUGCUGCCGGGCGAGGCGCCCCGAGACAUUGUCUUCAGCAAGGAUCUGGGCCCAGAGCUCUACGGGCCCGGGGCCCACAACCCCUACCAGGAGAAGCUCUGGAAGACCCUGGAGCACCAGCUGGCCCCCCUGCUGCCCCCGGACUUCUUGCUGAGCUCCCAGGCGCUGAAGCAGGUGGCACACUUGAGCCGCGUGCUGGCCGGCCCGGAGAGGCACGGGGCCCUGGUCUCCGCCAGCCGGUGUGUCGGGCGGCGCUCCCUGGUGGCCCUGGUGGCGGCUGCCACCGCCUGCCUGCUCCUGGAGAUGCCCGAAGCCGCAGGCGAGGAGCAGGCCUUGGCCCUCCUGCGGUCGGUGAGCUGGCAGGCAGGCAUUCUGGGCAGGCGGGUGCUGCUGCUGGUGCCCCCGGGCGUGAGCCUGCCUGCCUUGCACCUCGUCCUGGUGCUGAUGGCAGAAGGCACCUGCCCUGGCCUCUACAGCCCGGAAGAGCACCUGAGCAUCAUCCAGGCCCUGCUGCAGGAGAACCAGAGCAUCAAGAGGACCAUGCGGGACGACCUCAUCCUGCAGAGGUUUUUCCAGUUUGUGCGUACCAACUUGCAUGUGCUGCUGCUGCUGGGCGGGCCGGGCUCCCCAGCCCUGCCUCCCAUCACAGCCACCGCCCUCUCCCAACUGCUCUACAGCAUGGAGGUCUACCAUGCCUGGAGCUACGAGUCGCUGCUGGAGGUGGCCUCCAAGCACCUGAAGGGGACCCGGAACUACUCCUCAUGGCUCACGCGAGUGCCGUCGUCUUCGCUGCAUUCCCACAAGGACCUGGUGCAGCGCCUCGCCAAGGCCGCCGUCCAGAUCCACUGCUCGGCCAGCACCUACGCCACUCACUUGGCUGCGCAGCUCCCCCUCGUCACCCCAAGGAGCUUCCUGGAUUUCCUGGACACCUUUGCCCUGCUCCUGGGUCACCAGCAGGAGCGGAAUGCCAAGCACAUCGAUCGGAUGAAGCUGGCGCUGCACAAGAUGAAUGAAGUGAGCAAGAAGCAGCAAGAGCACACACGGGAUGCCCAGAUGCUGCAGCAGAAGCUGGCCAAGCUGAAGGAGCAAGUGGUGCAGAACCAGCGAGAGGUGGAGCGGGAGCAGGCCGUGCUCCAGCAGCAAGAGAAGGAGUGCCAGCUGUACGAGGCCCGCAUCGAGGCCCUCACCAAGGAGCGGGACGCUCUGGAAAAGAAGAAGGAGCUGGCCAUGAAGAAGAUGAGCACUGACUACAAGGAUGCCUUGGCUGCGCUGCGGGUGCAGGACAUUGUGGAGCUGCGCAGCUACCGGCAACCCCCGGCCCCUGUGGUCAAGGUGACCAACGUCCUCUGCAUGAUGUUCGGCCUGGAGCCUGGCUGGGAGAACGCCCAAGUGCUCCUCCACCGAGAAGACUUCUACGAGGACCUGGUCUUCUACCCCAAGGACCACCUCUCCGGCGAGCUCUUCCAGGCCCUGGCCCACCUGGUGGUGUGUGACCGGGACUUCCAGGCCUCGGCGGUCCACAACGCCAGCCACGCAGCCGCCUCCCUCUGCCGGUGGAUCCACGCAGUCUACUGGUACCACUGGGCUCUGCGGGACUGGCAGCCGGCCAUGACCCAGCUGCAGUGCUGCGAUGCCGAGAUCAACGUGGAGAAGACCAACCUGGGCGACCGGCGGCUGCAUGCAGAGUUCCUGCGAGAUGCCACCCAGGCCCGGAUCAGGGAGCUGAAGCAGAAGCAGGAGCACCAGGAGAAGGUGCUGCACCAGCUCACCCAGUCCUUGCAGGCCAAGGAGGAGGCCACCACCAUGGAGAGCUCUGUGGCUGAGCACGUGACCAACUGGAGCACGGUCACCAAGGGCCUGCAGCAGCACCAGAGCACCGUGUACGGCGAUGCACUCCUCUGCGCGGCGGCUCUGGCCUACUUGGGCCCCUUCCCGCCGCCCCGGCGAGAGGAGCUGCUGGAGAAGUGGCAGGCGGUGUGUGCUGGGGCCCGCCGGCUCUCCCCGGGCCCAGACGACGUCCGCCGGCUCCUGCAGAGGGAGCUGCCCUGCCCGGGCUCCGCCUCGGCGGGCCCUCCCCUCCUGCCCGUGCAGCAGCCCUUCGGCCUGGUGCCCCUGCUCAGCUCCGCCCAAGAGCAGCGCACCUGGGACCGGGCCCACAAGCACCGAGACCCCGAGAGCCGCCUGGCCGCUGUGCUGCUGCACUCCGAGACCCACGCCCUGGCGCACCGCUGGCCUCUGCUGGUGGACCCUGACAGGCAGGCGCAGCUGUGGCUGCUGAUGGCCGGAGCCCUGGAGGAGGAGGCGUCCCAGACCUUCGUUCUCUCGGAACUGAUGCCCGACAUGGUGGAGCAAGGUGGUGACGACAAGCUCCCCGAGGACAACCUGGCCAUCCUGUCGCUCACAGACCCCGACCUGGACCAGGCCCUCCAGAAUGCAGCCUGCCUCGGCUCCCCUGUGCUGCUGCUGGACGUGGAGAAGCGGGUGCCCUGGGGCCGGACCCUCCAGCAGCUGAUGCAGAAGGCGGCGUUCCGGGCGGCUGAGGGCUGCAACACGCUCCACCGGGGGGAGUCUGGGGAGGAGGACAUUGCGGUGCCAGCCUCCUUCCGGCUCUACCUCUGCACCAGCCUGCCCCUCGAGGCCUUGGCGAAAGAAUUCGACCCGGCCUUGCUGAAGCAGCUGAACGUGAUCAACCUCUGCCUCAGCCAGGGGGCUCUGGAGGAGCUGCUGCUGGAGGAGGUGCUGCGCUCGGAGCGCCGGGAGAUCCUGAAGCACCGGCAGGCCCUGCGGCUGGGCGUCCUGCAGCUGGAAGGCAAGCUGGAGGCCACGGAGGAGGAGCUGGUGGAGCUGAUUGCGCAGCCGCAGCGCUCGCUGCUGGAGGAGGAGAACUUCAUGCCCAUGAUGCGGCUGCUGCAGACCCAGAUCCAGGCCCUGCGGGCCACCCACCAGCACAUGGCCUCCCAGUGCCAGCACCAGGUGGCCCUGUGCGACAAGUACCGGCCGGUGGCCCGCCUGGCGGGGGCCCUGCAGCUGGCGCUCCGGCAGGUGGCCCGCCUCCACCCGCUCUACAGCUUCCCGGCCGAGGGCUGCCAGGCCCACCUGCGCCAGGCCCUGCUGCUCAGCAAGCGGCCGGAGGCCAGCAAGCAGGAGACGCUGGAGGCCCGCCUGCAGGAGCUCCACCGGGCCGUGCUCCAGCACCUGCUCGCCCAGGCCCUGCCCUGCCUGCAGGAGCGGGACCGCCCGCUCUGCCUCUUCCUGGGGGCCGUGGCCGCCCUGCGGGUGGCCGGCCAGGUCAGCCCGGCCGAGUGGCUGGCCUUCUGCCAGGGCCUGCAGGAGCCCGUGGCCCGCGUGCUGCUGCAGCCGGCCCCCAGCGUGGCCCGCCCCGGCUGGGUGGAGCCCCGGGCCUGGGAGGAGUGCUGCCUGCUGGAGAGCCUGCCGGGCUUCCGGGGGCUGCCGGCCUCCCUGGCCCAGCGGGCCGCCCAGUGGCAGGAGUACUUCCGCCUGCCCUCCACCGUGGUGGGGCCGGCCCCGUGCCCCAGCCACGCCCACCUCCGGCCUUUCCAGCGGGCCAUCUUGUGGCGCAUCCUGCGCCCGGAGACCCUGAGCAGCACCCUUGCCGAGCUGAGCACCUGCCUGCUGGGCUGGUCCCCGAGCGAGGAGGUGGCCAUCCCCACCGCUUACGCCUACAGCCGCGCCAACAAGCCCGUCAUCUUCCUCAUGCCUCCCGCCGGCUCGCCAGGCUCCUUCACGCAUCCGCUCCACUGGAUCCAGCAGAUGGCCGCCCAGCGGGGACGGGCAGGCAAAGUGGUGGUCAUCUCCUUUGGCACCCCGGAUGCCGCCAAGCGGGUGUGGCGAGCCCUGCCCCUCUGCACCAAGAAAGGCAAGUGGCUAGUCCUCAACAACUGUCAGCUGGAGGAGAGCUGGGACCCGGAGGUGCUGCUGCAGCUGGAUCUGGUGCUGAACACACAGGCAGGGGAGAGCAAGGCGGGGACCCUCCUCGAGAUCCACCACAAGUUCCGCCUGUGGCUCAUCAGCACGACGGAUGCCCCAGACUCUGUGCCAGGGCCGGUGCAGCGGCGGGCGGUGGUCCUCUUCUGCGAGACCCCCCUGGAGCUGAGGGGCAUCCUGGCCCGCACCCACCACCUCCUGCAGGGGCAGCUGCCCGGCCUGGAGACGCCGCCUCGGCUGGCCCUGCUGCUGCUCUUCUGCACGCUGCUCUACAGGCAGGCCUACGCUCGGUGGACCCAGGCGGCUACUUACCUGUGGAGCCACGGAGACCUGCUGGCGAGUUUCAAGGCCCAAGACAUGCUGAGCCGCCUCCUGGAGAACGCGGAGGAAGCCCUACAGGAACUAGCCGGGCCCAUGCUCUAUGGGGGUCACGUCCUGGACCGUGGAGACGCCCACGCCGUGCACAGCGUGUGCCAGCAGUGCCUGGCCUCCCCUCCUCUCGGGCAGCCAGAGCCGGGCCUCACAAGCCUCCAGGCGGCCAUGAUUGGCCCAAGCAGCCCAGGACUGUCCGAAGAGGAGGCAGCCGCCGCCACCCGGGCCCGCAUGGCCCAGCUGCCCAGCCCCAUGGAGCCAGCCUGGGUGGGAGUGUGCAGGGGGCUGCAGCAGAGGAUGCUCGCGGACCGGAGCCAGGCCCUGCUGGCAGCCCUGAAGCUCUCGCAGGGGCUGUGGCAGCCCCGGGGCCCUCCGGGCGGCCGCCCUGCCGCCCUGGAACAGCUGGUGCAGCAGGGCCUGGGGCAGGUACAGGAGCUGCAGAGCCAGCUGCAGCGGCAGGGCAGGGCACUGCAAGCCAAAGGGCGCCCCCCGGGCAGCCAGCCCCGCCCCCUGCCCCGCCCCCUGCAGGGCUUCCUGCUGGCCGAGGGGGGGCGCUUCUGGGCCCUGCUGCAGCAGCUGGAGCAGGACCUGCGCUGCACCCAGGAGUGCCUGCAGGGGGGGGCCUGCUCUUCGGCCCGCUGCGCCGCCAUCCGGCAGGCCCUCCAGCAAGGGCAGCUGCCCCGCCCCUGGCUGCCCUACGCCCCGGCGGGGCCCCAGCCGCCCCAGGCCUGGCUGGAAACCCUGCAGCAGCGCGGCCAGCUCCUGUGCCACUACCUGGAGUCCAUCGGGGGGCAGCCGGUGCUGGCCUACCACUUGGCCGCCUUCCACCACCCACGGCGCCUCUUGCUGGCCCUGCUGGAGGAGAAGGCCCACCUCGAGAAGCAAGACCUGGAGCGCUACCACCUGGACCAGCAGGUCCUGCCCCACAUGCUGCCUCCCAGCAGCCCCCCGGACAAGGGGCUCUACCUGAGCGGCCUGGAGCUCCGCCACGGCCUGUGGAACCCCCGCAGCAACCAGCUGCAGGAGACCCUCUCGGCAGAGCCCUGCCCAAUGCCCACCGUCUGGGUCCAAGCCAGUUGCCAGCCCGGGAACCCUGCCUCCGAGACAGCCACGUACCACUGCCCCGUGUACCUGGGGGUGCCCAAUGCGGCCGUGGCCCUCGGCAGCCACCGGGCCAUCCUGCACGUGGCUCUGCCGUCCAAGAUGGCGCCCGAACUGUGCGCCCAGCAGCGGAUCCACCUGGUCAGCCUGCUGCCGUGACCCUCCCCCCCGCCGCCCCCCGAGAAGGAAGUGCCUCUCCAGAGUGCCAACGCAGACAGACGCCAGUACAGAAAUAAAGUGAUAUAUUCUUUGUGUGUACAAAA